UCAAUAAAGCAUAGCUUUCUGGUCAAUUAUUACUUGGCUCAGGUUGCAGAUUUGCUACCUUAAACUCUCUCUUCAUACUUUUUGCUUGAUUCUUUCAAACAUCAUCUAAAUCUUCUCCCAAAUUGCUGAAUUUGCUACUUGUUCAGCAGCAGCAAAUUUUGCUUCUGAGUUCUGACCCAUUUGUUGAUUUUUCCCAACUGGGUCUUGUUGAAUUCAAUUGAAUUCAAUCUUUAAAGGGGUUGUUGAAAUUCUUCUUCUGUGUCAGAAAGUUGGUUCCUUUUCACUUUUCUGAAUUCUGGUUUCAACUCCAACAGUGUUUACUUGAAUUGGGGUAUUUUGAAUUACCAGGGUUGUUGGGUUGCUUUGAAGUUUUCCAAAGUUUUUUGAAACCUGAAAAUGACGAUUGCUAGUCAUACACCUAAGACAGAGAAGAAGAAAUCAAGAAGGAACAAGGCUGUUGUUGUUGAUGAGAAAGCACCCUUGUUGCCCAAAAGCCAUGUGGAGGAGAGUGAUGCAGGGUUUGAUGAUUUCAAUGGAGCUUCUUUCUCUGGGGCUGUUUUCAACUUGUCCACCACAAUUAUUGGUGCUGGGAUCAUGGCCUUGCCUGCAACCUUGAAACAGUUGGGGAUGAUUCCUGGCCUUCUUGCCAUAGUCUUGAUGGCUUUGUUGACAGAGAAGUCAAUUGAGCUUCUGCUUCGGUUCACCCGGGCGGGGAAGGCUGUUUCAUAUGCUGGUCUGAUGGGGGAUUCCUUUGGGAAAUAUGGAAAAGCUCUUGCUCAGAUUUGUGUUAUAGUCAAUAACAUCGGCGUGCUGAUUGUUUACAUGAUUAUAAUUGGUGAUGUGCUCUCUGGGACAUCUGCAGGUGGAGAUCAUCACUCUGGUAUCCUUGAAGGCUGGUUUGGUGUGCAAUGGUGGACGGGGCGGACAUUUAUCGUCCUUCUUACCACAGUUGCUAUAUUUGCACCCUUGUCAAGCUUUAAGCGAAUUGAUUCUCUGAAAUUCACAUCUGCCCUUUCAGUCGCGCUAGCAGUUGUUUUUCUUGUCAUUGCAGUCGGAAUCUCAGUUGUCAAGAUUAUAAGCGGUGGCAUUACCAUGCCCAGACUCUUCCCAGCCGUCACUGAUUUAACAUCAAUCUUUAAACUAUUCACUGUAGUUCCUGUGUUUGUGACUGCCUAUAUCUGCCACUACAAUGUUCACAGCAUAGAUAACGAACUUGAGGACUCCUCACAGAUGCAAGGGGUUGUUCGUGCCGCCCUUGGUCUAUGCUCUUCAGUUUAUGUAAUGAUAAGCUUCUUUGGAUUCCUCCUAUUUGGCGAUGGAACUCUUGACGAUGUGCUUGCCAAUUUCGAUACCAAUCUCGGAAUUCCUUUCGGUUCUGUGCUCAAUGACGCUGUUCGUAUAAGCUAUGCGUUACACCUUAUGCUUGUAUUUCCAGUUGUCUUCUAUCCAUUGCGGCUCAAUAUAGAUGGCCUCCUCUUCUCUUCAUCGAGGCCUUUGGUUCUGUCCAACUUUAGAUUUGCAUCACUCACUGUUGCCCUCAUUGGAGUUAUCUUCUUGGGAGCAAAUUUCAUACCUAGCAUUUGGGACGCUUUCCAGUUCACCGGAGCAACCGCCGCAGUCUGUAUAGGAUUCAUAUUUCCAGCUGCCAUCACUCUUAGGGACCGCUACAACAUAGCAACAAAAUCAGACAAGAUUCUUUCUGUCAUUCUGAUAGUCCUUGCAGUCUUCUCAAACGUUGUGGCUAUAUACAGUGAUGCCUAUGCCUUGAUCAAGCAGAAUAAAACUUCAAAGGAAUAAUGGCCAUGGUUUUGGAAAGGAACUGAAUUGGCAAGGUUAUUUAUUGUUGGUCAAUUCGAAAAUCGGGGUUUUCGGAGAGGGUCUGGUGGGGUUCAUUUGAAUAAACAGAGAAGCUACUGCCCUGUGUAAAAAUUGCUUCAGAAGUGUUGAGGUCUGCAACAUGCAUUCAGCCUCCUUUGUAAUCAUUUGCCAUUAAGUUUUAGUUGUUAAGGUCCUUGUUGAGUAUUACUCUCUUCCCCUGAUUUGUUCUCCCUCAAAUGUAAUAGAAACUUUUUGUUUGAAUUUGUAUGUGUUGAAUUGGUUAUGAAAGAAUGGUAUAGUUCUAGUUGGACAAGAGAAGAACAACCGAAUCUUUUUAUUAUCAACCCCCUUUUUUAUAAAAGGAACUGAGUUGGUGUUCA